AUGACAAUCCGCUCUUUAACCUCUUUUUUUCAGGGCAAAAAUGUACCGGAUUAUAUCGGAUUCGCUAAUCUGCCCAACCAAGUGCAUCGGAAAGCAGUCAAGAAAGGCUUUGAAUUCACAGUUGUUGUUGUUGGAGAAUCAGGCCUUGGUAAAUCCACUUUAAUCGAUUCACUUUUUCAAACCAAUCUGUAUGCAGACCGUAAUAUUCCUAAUGCAAAAGCUCGCAUCAAAAAAACCGUGGAAAUUCGGAAACAGACCGUAGAUAUUGAAGAAAAGGGUGUAAGAUUACGCUUGUCGGUGGUGGAUACCCCCGGAUUUGGAGAUGCUUUAAAUAACGAUAAAUGUUGGGACAAUAUCGUCAAAUUUAUCGAUGAACAAUAUGAGAAAUAUUUGAGUGAUGAAUCGGGUUUGAAUCGUAGAAACAUUACUGAUCAACGCGUCCAUUGCUGCUUAUACUUUAUAUCCCCAACUGGAAAUGGACUAAAACCGUUAGAUAUAGAAUUUAUGAAGAGAUUAGAUACUCGAGUCAAUAUUGUACCAGUUAUUGCCAAAUCGGAUACACUAACCGCCCAUGAAAUCAAAACACUAAAGCGUAAAAUUCUAGACGAUAUCAGGACCCAUAGUAUCGACGUAUAUACGUUUCCCGAAACAGAUAGUGAUGAAGAUGAAGAAUUUAAAAGAGAAAAUAAUCAAUUGAAGUCAAGUGUGCCUUUUGCUGUGGUUGGCAGUAAUAAAUUUUACGAUAUCCGUGGUAAAAAAGUGCGAGGGCGCCAAUAUCCGUGGGGCAUCGUUGAAGUCGAAAACUUGGAGCAUUGCGAUUUUGCCAAAUUGAGAAGCAUGUUGAUCAGGACUCACAUGCAAGAUUUGAAAGAAGUAACUCAUGAAGUUCUAUAUGAACAAUACCGUGCUAACCGCCUUCGUAGCGGUGAUAGUAGCAAUUUAUCGUAUCAGAGAAGUAAACUGAAACGAGAAUCCAUGCUCAUACGUGACAAUAUGGAUGAAAAGACCAACGAACUUCUUAAAGCUAAAGAAGACGAGGUUUGUCGACAUCACAGUUGCAAAGCAGCUUGCUUUGACUCAAUACUGAAUGGCAUGGCUUAUUAUUUUUUCGACCAUUCUAGUUACAACGUAUGA